CUCUCACCCUCCCUGAAAGCCGCCGUUUACUUACCGCCUCCCUUCCUUCUUUCUCCCUCCGCCACUCGAGCACCAGCCGCGCUCUGAACUGCCGCCGGGGUCCCUCCCCCGCCACCAGAGGAGCAGCUGCCGCCGCCGCCAGCAGCAAAUUAGGAGGGAGGAAGGAAGGAAAGAGCCGGAGCGACUACCAAGAGGGAGCCAGUGAAUGGGCUUGUGGUGACCCUCGCCCCCCACCCCACCCUCCCUUCCCACCCGACCCCCAGCCCCCAGCCCCAGUGGAGCCGCCGCCCAGAAGCAGAACCGUCGUCUUAGGAGGAGUCGCCGCCACCACCUCCGCCAUGGAGCUGAUCACCAUCCUCGAGAAGACCGUGUCUCCCGAUCGGCUGGAACUGGAAGCAGCGCAGAAGUUCCUAGAGCGUGCGGCUGUGGAGAACCUGCCCACUUUCCUUGUGGAACUGUCCAGAGUGCUGGCAAAUCCAGGAAACAGUCAGGUUGCCAGAGUUGCAGCUGGUUUACAAAUCAAGAACUCUCUGACAUCUAAAGAUCCAGAUAUCAAGGCACAAUAUCAGCAGAGAUGGCUUGCUAUUGAUGCUAAUGCUCGACGGGAAGUCAAGAAUUAUGUUUUGCAGACUUUGGGCACAGAAACUUACCGGCCUAGUUCUGCCUCACAGUGUGUGGCUGGUAUUGCUUGUGCAGAGAUCCCAGUGAACCAGUGGCCAGAACUCAUUCCUCAGCUGGUAGCCAAUGUCACAAACCCCAACAGCACAGAACACAUGAAAGAGUCGACAUUGGAAGCUAUUGGUUACAUUUGCCAAGAUAUAGACCCAGAGCAGCUACAGGAUAAAUCCAAUGAGAUCCUGACUGCCAUAAUCCAGGGGAUGAGGAAAGAAGAGCCUAGUAAUAAUGUGAAGCUAGCAGCUACUAAUGCACUCCUGAACUCAUUGGAGUUCACCAAAGCAAACUUUGACAAAGAGUCUGAAAGGCACUUUAUUAUGCAGGUGGUCUGUGAAGCCACACAGUGUCCAGAUACAAGGGUACGAGUGGCUGCCUUACAGAAUCUGGUGAAGAUAAUGUCCUUGUAUUAUCAGUACAUGGAGACAUAUAUGGGUCCUGCUCUUUUUGCAAUCACAAUUGAAGCAAUGAAAAGUGACAUUGAUGAGGUGGCCCUACAAGGGAUAGAAUUCUGGUCCAAUGUCUGUGAUGAGGAAAUGGAUUUGGCCAUUGAGGCUUCAGAGGCAGCAGAACAAGGUCGGCCCCCUGAGCACACCAGCAAGUUUUAUGCCAAGGGAGCAUUACAGUACCUCGUUCCUAUCCUCACGCAGACACUGACUAAACAGGAUGAAAACGAUGACGACGAUGACUGGAACCCCUGCAAAGCAGCAGGGGUGUGCCUCAUGCUUCUCGCCACCUGCUGUGAAGAUGACAUCGUCCCACAUGUCCUCCCCUUCAUUAAAGAACACAUCAAGAACCCCGAUUGGCGGUACCGGGAUGCAGCAGUGAUGGCUUUUGGCUGUAUCUUGGAAGGACCAGAGCCAAAUCAGCUCAAACCAUUAGUUAUACAGCUGUUGUAUUUUCAGGCAAUGCCCACCCUAAUAGAAUUAAUGAAAGACCCCAGUGUAGUUGUUCGAGAUACAACUGCAUGGACUGUGGGCAGAAUUUGUGAACUGCUCCCUGAAGCUGCCAUCAAUGAUGUCUACUUGACUCCCCUGCUGCAGUGUCUGAUUGAGGGCCUCAGUGCUGAGCCCAGAGUGGCUUCAAAUGUGUGCUGGGCUUUCUCCAGUCUGGCUGAAGCUGCUUAUGAGGCUGCGGAUGUAGCUGAUGAUCAGGAAGAACCAGCUACCUAUUGCUUAUCUUCUUCUUUUGAACUCAUAGUUCAGAAGCUCCUGGAGACCACAGACAGGCCUGAUGGACACCAGAACAACCUGAGGAGCUCUGCAUAUGAGUCUCUGAUGGAAAUUGUGAAAAACAGUGCCAAGGAUUGUUACCCUGCGGUUCAGAAAACUACUCUGGUCAUCAUGGAGCGACUGCAGCAGGUGCUUCAGAUGGAGUCACAUAUACAGAGCACAUCAGAUAGGAUCCAGUUCAAUGACCUUCAGUCUUUACUCUGCGCAACUCUUCAGAAUGUUCUCCGGAAAGUGCAACAUCAAGAUGCUUUGCAGAUCUCUGAUGUGGUCAUGGCCUCCCUGUUAAGGAUGUUCCAAAGCACGGCUGGGUCAGGGGGUGUGCAGGAGGAUGCCCUAAUGGCAGUUAGCACACUGGUGGAAGUUUUGGGUGGUGAAUUCUUAAAGUAUAUGGAGGCCUUUAAACCCUUCCUGGGCAUUGGAUUGAAAAAUUAUGCUGAGUACCAGGUUUGUUUGGCAGCCGUGGGCUUAGUGGGAGACUUAUGCCGUGCCCUGCAAUCCAACAUCUUGCCUUUCUGUGAUGAGGUCAUGCAGCUCCUACUGGAGAACUUGGGGAAUGAGAAUGUCCAUAGGUCUGUGAAGCCACAGAUUCUGUCAGUGUUUGGUGAUAUAGCCCUCGCUAUUGGUGGAGAGUUUAAAAAAUACCUAGAGGUUGUACUGAAUACUCUUCAGCAGGCUUCCCAAGCCCAGGUGGACAAGUCAGACUAUGACAUGGUGGAUUAUCUGAAUGAGCUAAGAGAAGGCUGCUUGGAAGCCUAUACCGGCAUUGUCCAGGGAUUGAAGGGAGACCAGGAGAACGUACACCCGGAUGUGAUGCUGGUACAACCCAGAGUAGAGUUUAUUCUGUCCUUCAUUGACCACAUUGCUGGAGAUGAGGAUCAUACAGAUGGAGUAGUAGCCUGUGCUGCUGGACUGAUAGGGGACUUGUGUACAGCAUUUGGGAAGGAUGUACUGAAAUUAGUAGAGGCUAGGCCAAUGAUCCAUGAACUGUUAACUGAAGGACGGAGAUCGAAGACUAACAAAGCCAAAACCCUUGCUACAUGGGCAACAAAAGAACUGAGAAAACUGAAGAACCAAGCUUGAUCUGUUACCAUUGGGAUGAUAACCUGAGACCCCCGCUGGAAAUCUCCAAUCUUUUGAAAAACCCGGAAGUGAGGAGUGUGCACGGAUGCUGAAUGUUUGGGAGUGAGAGGAUGAGUGAGUGAGGCUUGAAAACACACCACAUUGAAAAUCCUGCCACAGCAGCAGCCGCAGCCGCAGCCGCCAACAGCAGUGCUGUCAGUGAGCUAAGUAAGCCCUGACUUCGUAGGAAACCGUAAUGUUGGCCGUCUUGGAAAAGAGAAGCAAAGGAUUUACUUGCUAAAAAAGAAAGCUAGCUCUCCCCAGGAGAGGCUAGAACUAGCUUUUCUGUCUAUGGGCUGGUGCUGAGUGGAAUGACUAGGAGAGGAGGAGGGAUAGGUUCAGCUGUGGUGCUUUGUUGUGAAAGGCAGCCUGGCCUUUGCUACUGAUAAGAUGGAGCCUGGGUCUCAAGCCCACCUUUUGUAUACCUUUGCCAUGUGACGCCGUACGCGUGCUGGCUAAAAGGAGGGUGUGGGAUUCUUUACAGUCUGAGAAUGAGUGUGUGUGAGUGAGGCGGUAUCCACAUUCUCAACUUCAAGUCAUUGCAGUUUCUUUUUCCCAGAAAAAAAGGGGUUAGACAUUGCAUUUCAUAAAACUAACUGAAGUUCUGUCUACUGAUGCAGCACAAGAGAUGUAAAAAGGAAAAAAGAAAAGGAAAGACGCUCUUCUAGGUUUUGUUUUUGUUUUGUUUUUUUAAUUAUCUUCUGGGGAAAACACUGACGAAUGGUCAGAGCUCCCAUAUCCUAAUCUUUUCAUCAAGACGCCUUUCCUAAUAAUAUGAUUCAACUGUGAAUGUAGAAGUGGGGGGGAGGGGGGGUGCAAAAGAAAACUCUGGAGUUAGAGGAUAUAGAUAUAACAAAAAUUACAAUUGUUACAAAUAAAGAAUGCAGACUUCAAAAACAAAAGAAAGCCACAACCCAAACAAAUCCAAAUUUAAAUGCUCAGAAUUGGCAGCACAAAAGAAAAGUUCUCUCCUGACUUAUAUUGUGGCAGUCUGAACACCCCCAGAAAAUUGUGCCAAAGAGUUUAGAAAACAAAUAUACAGUAAAAGUACACACAGACAGCAAACUUCAGGUAACUAUUUUGGACUGCAAACAAAGAUAAAUUUAAUGUUCAAACACUCUGAUAAAAUAACCAUUUGGAAACUG